AUGAAUGGCACAGAAGGACCCAACUUUUAUGUCCCCAUGUCUAACAAGACUGGGGUGGUCCGCAGCCCUUUUGAGCAACCUCAGUACUACCUGGCCGAGCCCUGGAAGUACUCUCUCCUGGCUGCGUACAUGCUGUUCCUCAUCAUCACUGCCUUCCCCAUCAACUUCCUCACCCUCUAUGUCACUGUCAAACACAAAAAGUUGAGGACCCCACUCAACUAUGUGCUGCUCAACCUGGCGGUGGCUGACCUCUUCAUGGUUGUUGGGGGCUUCACAGUCACGCUCUACACAGCCCUGCAUGGAUAUUUCAUCUUAGGGGUCACCGGCUGCAACAUUGAAGGAUUCUUUGCCACCUUAGGAGGGGAGAUUGCUCUCUGGUCUCUGGUGGUUUUGGCUAUUGAGCGCUACAUUGUGGUCUGUAAGCCAAUGACCAACUUCCGCUUUGGGGAAAAACAUGCCAUCACUGGCCUGGCAUUCACGUGGAUCAUGGCCCUAACCUGUGCUGCACCUCCUCUGUUUGGAUGGUCCCGGUACAUCCCAGAGGGAAUGCAGUGUUCCUGUGGGAUUGACUACUACACUCCCAAGCCUGAGAUCAACAACACCUCAUUCGUCAUCUAUAUGUUUGUCCUCCAUUUCUGCAUCCCCCUCUUCAUCAUUUUCUUCUGCUACGGUCGCCUGCUCUGCACUGUGCGAGCGGCUGCGGCCCAGCAGCAGGAGUCUGAAACCACCCAGAGAGCCGAGAAAGAAGUGACACGUAUGGUCAUUGUCAUGGUGAUCUCCUUCCUGGUGUGCUGGGUUCCCUAUGCCACCGUGGCUUGGUACAUCUUUGCCAAUCAGGGAACUGAGUUUGGACCGGUAUUCAUGACUGCUCCAGCCUUCUUCGCCAAGAGUGCUGCUCUGUACAAUCCAGUCAUCUACAUUCUGCUAAACAGACAGUUCAGAAACUGCAUGAUCACCACGGUGUGCUGUGGAAAGAAUCCAUUUGGAGAUGAUGAGGCCGCUGCCGCUGUCUCCAAAACCCAGACUUCAUCUGUUACCUCUAGCCAGGUGGCCCCUGCUUGA